AUGACUCCAAAAGCAAAAAGACCAAGAUUAUCACGUUCAACUCGGGCUGGUAUCAUUUUUCCAGUAUCACGUGUACAUCGUCAACUUAAAUCAAUGCCAACUGCUACUAAACGAAUAACUCAAGGUGCAUCCAUUUAUCUAUCAGCUGUCAUUGAAUAUCUCGUUGCUGAACUACUUGAAUUAAGUGGUAAUGCUGCACGUGAUUGUCAUCGUAGUCGUAUUAUACCAAGACAUAUUUUACUUGCUUAUGCAAAUGAUGAUGAAUUAUAUCGAUUACUUCGUAAUUGUGUAGUUCCUGAAGCUGGAGUAUUGCCGAGUAUUAAUCUUGCUCUUUUCCCUCAUGUUAUUGGUCAAACUUCAAAUAAAUUACCACAAUCAAAAUCAUCAAUAUCAAGAGGAACAAAAAAAACUGUAUCAUCAACUGGUACUACUGCUAAAGCAAGUUUUUCUAAGCCGUCUUUAACUAAAAAGGGUCAAGCAAGUUUUAGUAUAUUGGGUACACCAACAUCGAAGGCUGCUGCAGUUAAAGAUACUGCAGUAACAACACUUUCUGAACGUGUUCUUGUUCGUGGUCAAAAAUUAACUGUUGUUCAAGGAAGUAUUGUUAAUAUUAAAGCUGAUGCUAUUGUUCAUCCAACAAAUGAUUCAUUUUACAUGGGUGGUGAUGUUGGUAAAGCUUUGAUUCAAGUAGGAAGACAACAACUUCGAGAUGCUGUAACUCAAGCAGCUAAAGAUGCAACAUUAAUAAAUGCUGGCGAUGUCACUAUAAGUGCUGCACCAAAUUUAUCUGCUUCACAUUUAAUUCAUGUUUUUUCACCGAAAUGGAAUGUUGAUAGCCAAGAAGAAAGCAUUGGAGAACUUGAUAAAGCCACUUUAAAUAUUUUAACUUUAGCUGAUCAACAAGGUCUUACAUCAGUUGCUAUACCAAGUAUUAGUAGUGGACGUAAUGGUUUUCCAAAACAAACGGCUGCACAGACAAUUCUUGCUGCUUUAUCAAAAUUUUUUCGACAAACAGCUACAACAAAUCUUCAACACAUUUUUUUUGUUUUGUACGAUGCUGAAAGUGUUAAUGUUUAUACAACUGAACUUCAACGUAUGGUUGAGUAA